AUACUCGCUUAAGCGCUUGCGUCAGUCGUCGAAUAUUCUAGAUACAAUGUCGAGGAAUUUUCCUUAACAUUUAUAAUAAAUAGUGCAUAAAAAAAGAAAUGUAAAUAAUCUUACUUCUUAAAAGUGUUUUUUUAACCGGUGUAAGAGAUUUUCUUGGAGAUCGAUCUGGAAGACUAGUUGAACAUUUCUUAAUAUUGAUUGCCCGGUUAGCCAGAGCGUGAGAACCCCACAAUGCUCUCGCCAAUUUUCUUAAAAAUUUGGUGGGCGUUUGUUCCAGUUUAAUUUGUUUCCAUGUCGAAAGAGGAAUUAAUUCGUCGCAGCGAUGUUAGUGAUUCCACAAACACUAGCAAUGAGGAUAGCUUCCAUGUACAUUCAUCCGUAGAAGAUGUUCAGAGCUCCAGUUACCAAAAUUCAAAUGCAUCAACAUCCACAGAAAAUGAACUUCGUGAAUUCGCUAAUAACAUACCACAUGAUGAAACUCUUGACAUUGGCAAUAAUCAUUCACCUCAGGUGUCAACAUCAUCAUCGGAACAGAACUCAUGGAUACGUGAAAAUUUACAAGAAUUCCAGGAAGAAGAUGAGGAUGAUGAAAAUGAAUAUUUUGAUGCCAAUGAAGAAUGGAUUUACAACAAUGAAUUGCAUCUGAUUGAAGAUAACACGAAUUUCGAAAAUUUGCAACGAGAAUUAAAUAGUGAUGAAGCGCACGAAAAAAUUGAUGGUUUAGCUGAUUUAACCCAGGCUUGACCCCUUAAAUAUGUGUUACUUGACGAAGCGCCAUUAAAUAGGACAGAAAUAGAUACCUUACAAAAUAUGCAGUUAAGUAAAAACUCUACUCAUCCUGUUUUUGGAAUUAAGAAGCCAUCGAUUUUAAUUAAUUUAAGCUCUUUUAAUACUAUUUCGGCUUUUGUCCCAGACAGCAUGCACUGUAUUUGUCUAGGUAUUACAGAACAGUUUGCAAAAUACUGGUUUGACACACACAAUAUGCCCUUUUCACUAUCUAAAGAGAAAAUAAAUGUAAUUGAUGAUUUAGUAUUAAAAAUCAAAGCACCAAAUCAAAUUGCUAGGUUAUCACGAUCUAUAAAGGAAAGAAGCUGGUUGAAGGCAAGAGAAUUUGAAAAUUGGAUUCUCUACUACAGCUUACCAACUCUUACAGCAAUUCCGCAUAUGCAAAUUUAUGUUAAACAUUGGUCUCUUCUAGUAGAAUCUUUUCAUAUACUUAAUAGAAAUCAAAUCUCACAGAUUGAAUUAAGACAUGUUGAUUAUUUACUAAAAAAAAUGUGUUGCUUAUACAGAAUUGUAUUAUAUGAAAGCAGCUAUGACAUAUAAUGUGCAUCAGCUCUUACAUAUAGUACACAGUGUUCUUAGUUGGGGACCAUUAUGGAGCCAUAAUGGUUAUUGCUUUGAGAAUGGCAACGGGAAAUUAGUAAAAAAAGUUCAUGCUGCAAAAGGUGUUAUUCAGCAAUUGUGUCGAUCGGUAUCAAUGGCGCAAGCCGAAACGAUAUUAAAAGACCAUAUACUCUCUCGACAAGAUGCUGUAAUUAAUGAGUUUAUACAUUAUUUGGAUAAGAAAGAAUGUAAAAACACACUUAAAUUAACAAUUUGCAGAUAUUUUGGACGCUAUCAACAAACUAAAAAGAAGUGAAUUAGGGAAUUGCGAUUAUCUGAAGUAUGUGUAUCGUACCAAAAAAUGGUUAAAGACAGCUGUCUGUAUACUUCGUGCCGCAAAAAAUUAAUUAGAUCAAAUAAUGCCUUUGCGCAUACUAUAAAUAAUAGAUACAUUCGUAUUAUGGGAUUUAUUGUGGAUGAAUUAACUAUGAAGGAAUAUACGCUAUGUAAUUUUAUAAAUAUUGAAAACUGUUAUGAAGAAUGCGUUUCUAUGAAAAGAAUUGCUGAAAUUUCUGAAAAUAUAGAAGUGUUACAAACUAAA